CACAUCGUCGUAGACUUAUGGAUGAAUGGAAUGCCUGGCGUAAGCGUGUUGAGAAAGAAUUGAAUGAAGAGAGAGAAAAAGCAGGCUUCAAACCAACUUCAAAAAAUGUUGAAGAAAAUGUUGAAAUUGUUGAAGAAUGGAUUGAAGAGGUUGUGGAAGAACUUGAAGAAGUUAUUGAUGAUUAA